AUGAUAUCACAUUCAUCAGAAGCAUGGCGUGAAAAUCAUUUUAAAGAUAUAAUUAGUAAAGUAGCUAAUAUUGAAUUAUAUUAUAAAUCAAUUGAGUUUUAUUUGGAAUUUAAACCAAUGUUAAUAAAUGAAUUAUUAAUUAUAUUAUCACCACGUCUUGAUCAUACACUUAAACAACUUCCAUUAGUUAAACCAUAUUUACGUUCAGUACAAAAUAUAAAUAAUAAAGCAAUUAAUGAAGCACUUAAUAAUUUAUUAAUUGAAGAAGAAGAUUAUCAAGGUUUAAAAAAUUUCAUUGAUGCAUAUGAUAAUUUUGAUAAUAUAUCAUUGGCACAACGUCUUGAAAAACAUGAAUUAAUUGAAUUUCGUCGUAUUGCUGCAUAUCUUUAUAAAGGAAAUAAUCGGUGGAAACAAGUUGUUGAAUUAUGUAAAAAAGAUCGAUUAUAUAAAAUUCCUCAAACCGAAAAUGAAUUACAGCAAUCAUUGGAAGAACUUACUGAUGUAUCUGUACAAUUCGCCGAUUUAAAUAAAGAAAAAGAAAAAACAGAAAAAUCUCGUUUAAACGGAUUAACUACAAAAAUUGUUCGAGCAGAAGUAACAUUUGAUGAAUUAAAUCAUGGUUUCACGAAAAUAAAUCAAUAUUAUGAAGCUAAAAUUGCCGAAUUAAAUGAGGCAAUUAAAAAACAUGAACAAAACUUAACUCAAAAUAAAUCUGAACAAAGUAAUAUUCUUCAAAAGGAAGAAGAUUUAAAGAAAUUACAUGAUAAUAUUGCCAAAAUUGAUAAACAUGAUGGAAAAAAUAUUUGUAAAAUCAAAAACAAAAUUAUUGAUCUUGAAAAACAAUUACGUGAGCAUAAAAAUGAAGAAAAUCAUCUAUUAGAAAAUUUAACAGAUAUUCAACAAAGUGAAAGAAAAUUGCAAAAAUUAUCGAAUGAUAUUAUCGAAAUGAACCAAAAUAAAUCGGUAAUACCUGAACAAAUGAAUAUCAAUAUUAAUGAUGUUCGAACAAAACUCAACACGUAUAAAGAAGAACAAAAUGAUUUAUAUAAAUCAUUAGAUAAGGAAGAUAAAGAAAAAGAAGAAGAAGAAGAAAAGCAAAUAUGUCGUUUAUACGAAUUAGCUACAUGGAUUGGUCUAGAAAAAACAACAUUGAAAGAAUUAUGUUACGAUUGGACCAAAAUGAAACAAUAUCAUCAAAGUCAAUUACGACAAUUUAAAUAUGAACAAAAUCUAUUAAUUGAACGUUUACUCGAUGUAAAUGAAAAAGAAAAAGAAGAAAAAAAAGCACGUUUAUUUCAAUUACUCGUCUUGAUUCCUCAACAGGAAGAAACAUUGGAGAAAUUAUGUAGUGAUAUGGAUAAAAUUGGUAAACAUAAUCCAGUAGAACUUGAUCAAAUGAACACUAAAAUUGAAAAUCUUAAAGUAAAAUUAACUGAAUAUAAACAAGAACAAGAUCGAGCAUUAGAACAUUUAACUGAUGCAAAUGAAGAAAGUUCCAAAGAGAAACAACAAUUUCGUUGUUAUCAAUUGUUUGUAUUGUUUCAACAAGGUGAAAGAAAAUUGGAAACAUUAUUGGAAGAUACAGAUGAAAUGAAACAAAAUAAUUUGGUAAUACCCGAUCAAAUGAAUAUCAAAAUUAAUGAUCUUCAAAUAAAACUCAACAAGUAUAAAGAAGAACAAAUACAAUGUUUAUAUUCAACUGAAGGUUAA